AUGCAAGCCCUCCCCAACAGCGGCCUCGGCGGGGGCUACAGCCACGGGCACAACCAACCGCUCCUCUCGCUCGACCCGGCCGACAGCGAGCUGGACUACGCGAGCUUCCUCCAGGACCAGCAGGAUAUCGACCUGGACUAUUUCGCCGGGGAAGAAAGCACCAGCUCUAGCGGCGGCCCGCUUCUCGAUGUCACGUCCCCGUCCGUUUACCCCGACGCGUCAAUGCAAGCGCUCGCGCCGCAGCCGUCGUAUCCGCAGCACCAGUUGGCUCCGCGACAGCAGGGGCAACAGCAACAGCUGUCGCCCGCGACAUCCCAGCCUGGCUAUGGUGGGGGGUAUCACCAGUAUGGUAACCUUGGCAGCGGUCCGCACUCCGGGGCGAUCAGCAAGCCACGGAUGGAGCGGCGCGGGCACACCAAGAGCCGACGCGGGUGCUUCAACUGCAAGCGGCGGCGGAUCAAGUGCCAGGAGACGCGGCCGGCGUGCGGGCACUGCACCAAGCAAGGGCUGCAGUGCGAGUACCCGGCGCUGCCGACGAUCGUGCACCAGCCGCAGCACCAGGUGCCGCUGUUCAGCCUGCAGGACAUGCGGUUCUUCCAGCAUUUCCUGAUGCGGUGCUACCCGCACCAUCCGGUCGGCUCGGAAGACCUGUGGACGCACGAGAUCCCGUGUUUGUCGGAGCGGUACGACUACCUGAUGCAUGCGAUCUUGGGGUACUCGGCGUCGGAGCUGAUGGCGAACGGGGAGCCCGCGCUGGCCGAGGCCGCGAUGGCGCAUCGGUACAAGGCCGUCAAGGCGAUCAAGAAGUCGCUGUCUCCCGCCGCGGCCUCAGCGGCCACCGCAGCGGCCAGAGCAAAGUCGGCAUCUCCUAGCCCUGGCGACCCGCCCAGUUGUCCGUUGGCCGGCGGGCGCGCGUACGACCACAUGUUUGAAGAAGGCAACGCGCUGAUGGCGACGUGUUUCGCGCUGACGUACCAGUCGGUGCUGCUCGACGACGGCAUGAUCGAGUUCAUGACGUUUGUCCGGGGCAUCAUGAUCGUGGCCAUCCAGAUGUACUGCAAGGGCGCCAACAUCAUGUUUGGACACCUGCUCGGGGACCGGCAGACUCAGAAGCUGGAGCCGCACAUGAAGGAUCUGCCGUUGAUCGAGACCGACUGGUCGGCGCGGGCCAUAGCGAGUGUGGAGGGGCUGAGGGGGUUGGUGGAAGGGCGAGAGGUGGAGCAGAAGUAUUGGCAGAUGAUUGGGGAUCUGGCGCGGAAUCUGCAGGUCGAUUCGUGGAAGGCAUACUUGGCUCUUUCCGACCACUACGGCUGGUGGAUGAUGCUCCCGCACGACAAGUUCAAACGGCUGGUCGACCCCAACAACCAGGCCGCGCUGCUGCUGGCGACGCACUGGGUGGCCCUGGAGCAGACCAUGACCACCAUCUGCCAGGCCGAGAAGAAGGCGGCGCUCAAGAUGCCCAGCGGCAACCGGAACUCGUCCUCGACGGGGGCGAGUCUCGGCAACAUUCGCUGGCUGCGCUACAUGAACACGCUCAUCGACGCCGAGCAUCGCAAGUACAACCAGUGGCCGACGUGGGUGUCGACCAAGCUGGCGGAGAACCCGGGCUUCUUUGGGAGGACGUUUGAUUAA